CGGGAGAGUCGUGCGUAACUGGAGACAGAUUUCUCUCCAUUUUGCGCUCAGAUUUUGGGGACCACUGGUGGUGCAGCGCUUACUGGCCGCUGGAGCUUUGCAUAUUUUUUGCUCCUGAGUCUCUUUCUCCCUCCCUCUCUCUUUUAUCUACGCCAGCUGUACGUCAGAGCUGACAUGACAACCGAGACCACUCAGCAGCAGCUGGACCCUCCGCCUCCUCUGAGAUCCAGCCCGGCGUCCGGCGUCUUGCACCCCGCUAUGCUGAGCMCACAGGCCGCCACGGAAAGCGCUUCUGCGGGCGCCAAGGGGAAGAAGAGCACCUCGGGUCUGAGGCGACCAGAGAAGCCUCCAUACUCCUACAUCGCUCUUAUCGUCAUGGCAAUACAAAGCUCGCCGACCAAACGUCUGACCCUCAGUGAGAUCUACCAGUUCCUGCAGGCUCGCUUCCCGUUCUUCAGAGGUUCAUAUCAGGGCUGGAAGAACUCAGUCCGACAUAAUUUGUCACUGAACGAGUGCUUCAUCAAGCUGCCCAAAGGACUAGGCCGGCCCGGGAAAGGCCACUACUGGACCAUCGAUCCGGGCAGCGAGUUCAUGUUCGAAGAGGGUUCGUUUCGGCGCAGACCAAGAGGCUUCAGGAGGAAAUGCCAAGCCUUGAAGCCCAUGUACCGGAUGAUGAACGGCAUCGGCUUCGGCACCUCUAUUCUCCCGCAGAGCUUCGACUUCCAGGCUCCAUCCGCCACCCUUGCCUGUCACAGCAACAGCUACAACCUGGACAUGAUGAGCAAUUCGAUGGCUGGAGGAUACGACGGCCUGAGUGGGGGCCACCAUGUCCCCCACAUGUCCCCCAGCCCCGGAUCUACUUACAUGGCGAGCUGCCCCGUCCCUCCGAGCGGGGAGUACGGGCCGGACAGCAGCAGCAGCCCAGUCCCGUCCUCUCCGGCUAUGGCCAGUGCACUGGACGGCCAUUCCCCGUACGCCUCAACGUCCGCGCAUUGGGCUUCCUCCGGCGGCUCGCCCUACAUCAAACAGCAGUCCCUGGCCUCCAGCAGCCCGGCGUCGUCCGGUUUACACUCCGGCAUGUCGCCCUAUUCUCUGGAGCAGAGUUACCUCCACCAGAACGGCAGGGACAGCCACUCAGCUGACAUAUCAGGUACCAACACCAGUUCAUGA